AAAUUCCCUUCCAGGGGCUGAAGAUGCUGCUAUGACCCCGGGGCAGGGCCCCAGGGACACCUGCCCUCUGCCCCGGUGCCUGACUCCUGAUGGGCCGUGGGGGAAGGGGCUCCCCUGGUGCAUUGGGGGAGUUACGUCUGGGGGCAGGUUUGGUGGUGGGGGCUGGUCCCCCCCACCCUGAAUGCACCUGGCACAGAGGCAGGGGACAGCUGUGGUCCCCAGGGUGUUCUGUGGAGGGCACAUGGUGGCCUUGGGGCUUGGCCUGGCCUGGCCUGGCCUGGUCAGUCUGUCAGCUUCUGUCUUGUUAUCUCCUGUUCUGUCCCCAUUAAAUCCUACGUCCCUUUGCAUGGUCCCACUGUUUUGCUUUGCCCUUUGCCUGGUCCCAGUAGUUUGCCUAGGUGCUCCAGGCCAAGACAAAUGGAAGGUGUCCAAGCCUGCGCCUGCAGGCAGACAGCUGCCUUCUGCCUCCGAGCCCCGGGGCUCUGCCCCUGUUGCAGGCAGUGCUGCCCUAGCAGGAGGGCUCACUCACCUCUGGCCGAGUGUGUCUAGUGGGGUGACCCCCUGUCCUUGUUGUUCUUGGCUAUGGGCAACUGCGAGGGUGGGUGUGAUAGACUGUCUUGCUGCCUCCACCUCAGGCCCCUAGCAUUGUUUUCUGCUGCAGCUGGGUCGGGAGAGGGCGGUGUGUAACGCUUCCCCUCCCAGGGGCAGCGGCAGGUUCCCUUGUCUCUACAGUCCCAGAGAGGCUGGUUGCCCUUUUCCAGCAUGGCUACGCCAGCGUCGUAAGAGGCCGCUGGAGCCGCGCUGGGGGCCCCGCAUUCCGCUGCCUCCUGGCACCGCCUCCUAGCCUCGGCGCAUGCGCGGUGCGGCGGAGCUUCCGCCAGCGCGCCUCACACGCCGGGAGCGCCGCGCCUUAAAGGGACCGGGGCGCAGCUGCGCGCAUGGCGGGGGGGCCGAGCCCGCUGCGGCAGUGUCUGGUGCAGCGCCCCCCGCUGGUCGCCUGUGCGCUGGGGCUGGCGGCGUUGGGGCUGGCGCUGGCGGCGCUGGGCGCGCACGUCCAGGCGCACAACGUGCGGGACUCCGAGGCGCAGGACUGGAACGCGCUGCUGGCCGCCGUGGCCGAGCUGCGCUUCUGCCCCGAGUCCGGCCCGGCGCCGCCCCCAACGGCCGGGACGGCUGCGUCCGCGUCCGUGUCCGUGCAGGUGUCACUGCGUUUCGACCUCCCAGGCGGGCCCCGCCCCAACGCCACGCGCUUCGCGGCCACCGUCUCCGCGCGCCGCCUCGGGCUGGCAGGCCCGGCGGCUGCACUGCCUGUGCGCCUGGUGGCGCUGAGCCCCUGGGGCGGCCCCGGCAGCUCCUGCCUGCGCCUGGACGGCCCCGCCGCGCUGCUGCCCCGACACAGGGAGCCGCCGCGCUGCGUACUGGGCCCCACGGAGGCCGCGGCCGGAGUGACGCAGGGGACCGGGGGCUGCCUCCGCCCGCGCUACCACCCCGAUCCCGCGCUCACACCCACGCUCAGCCCGGAGGAGCGCGCGCUGUGUAGCCAGCGCCUGGUGCUGUCCGGCCUGGCCCUGCUGGGCCUCUGCGCCCUGGGCCUCGCGCUGGCGGCCGCCGGCAUCUGGCCCACGCCUGCCCGCGACAAGUGGGCCCAGGUGUAGCGCUGCCCGGGGGGGUCACCCCGCCCCACGGAGCGCAGGGCCCCGGCUGUCCAGGCACCUAACGUGGCUCCGCUUGGGCCCGGUGCCCUGACGCCCCCCCAGGUGCCGGCUGCAGCUGCGGCGCCCUAAUAAAUGUUUGGAGCCUA